UCUCUUCCCAUUACAAACCCUAAUAUCGAAAUCUCAAGAAAAAACAACUUUCCAAGAUCCUUUCAAGACUAUAUGUUUCCUUCUCAAGAACCAAAUCACAGUAACUCGACCGGACAUGAUUUGAUAGUUCAGUGUCAUGAUGACGGUCUCAUGGGAGCUGGCGUAAAUCCCACCACAUCGACAAGCAACGGAAGGCCGAGGCUGAGGCCGGCCCCAUCUAGGGUUCAUGAAGAAGAGACGAAUAUUGGAGUUAUUAAUGUAAGAAAAUAUGUGCAUAGGGAAAAUGAGAGGCAAAGGAGGCAAGAAAUGGCUAAUCUUUGCGGCUCUCUUCGAACCCUUCUUCCUCCUGAAUACAUCACGAAGGGCAAGCGAUCGAUGCCGGAUCUGAUGCAGCAGGCUGCCAACUACAUAAAAUACAUGCGGAAAAACAUACAACAAUUGAAAACCCGGAAAGAUGAGCUGAUCAUGAGGAAAGGAGUGAAUUCGGACAACAUUAGUCGAGAAAACCUGCCUAAUAAUUGUGUCAGAGUAAAUCCUUGUCCUGGUGGAGUGGAGAUUCUGAUCGACACUAGCUUUGAAGACGGACAAGGGUUUCCUCUUUCAAGAGUACUCAAAGAAUUGCGUCAAACAGGGUUGGAUGUUGUCAGCUGUGUUUCCACAAGAGCAAAUCAGAAGACACUUCAUAGAAUCCAGUCCGAGGCCAGACGUACUUACAGUUCCGAGGAUCUUGCAGCGCUGCGAGAAAGAUUGAGCCAAUUGCCAAUUCUCUGACUACUACUUGUACGUACGUAGACCAUGCAUUGUAAUAUAUUUUCUCC